GGACAUUCCCAGCCCCUCGCUGCCCCGGAGAUGAUCGCACUGCUCUUCUUCCCUGCCCUGCUGUGCGGCCAGGCUGGAGCCUGGGGCUUCAGGGAUGGAGUGCUGCACAACUCCAUCUGGUUAGAGCGGGCAGCCGGCGUGUACCACCGCGAGGCGCGCUCCGGCAAGUACCGGCUGACCUUCGCCGAGGCCAGGGCCGUGUGCGAGUACGAGGGAGGACGCCUGGCCACGCUGCAGCAGCUGGAGGCGGCUCGGAAAAUAGGUUUCCACGUGUGUGCUGCUGGCUGGAUGGCCAAGGGCAGAGUUGGGUAUCCCAUAGUAAAAGCUGGAGCCAACUGUGGCUUUGGCAAGACUGGAAUUGUUGAUUAUGGAAUUCGCCUCAACAGGAGCGAGAGGUGGGACGCCUACUGCUACAACCCCAACGGAAAAGAGUGUGGUGGCGUCUUCACGGACUCCAAACACGUUUUCAAGUCGCCGGGCUACCCCAAGGAGUACGAGAACGAGCAGGUUUGCUACUGGCACAUCCGCGUCAGCUACGGGCAGAGGAUCCACCUGCAGUUCCUGGAGUUCGACGUGGAGGAGGACACGGCCUGCCUGGCUGACUUCCUGGAGGUCUACGACAGCUACGACGACGUCAACGGAUUUGUGGGCAGGUUUUGUGGAGAUGAGUUGCCAGAUGACAUCAUUAGCACAGGGAAUGUGAUGACGCUGAAGUUCCUGACGGACGCCUCGGUGACCGCGGGCGGGUUCCAGAUCCGCUAUUCCGCCCUGGACCCUCCGCAGCCCAGGAACGCCUCCGGGCAGGGCAGGAGCAGCUUCUUGUCUGGAAAAUUUGGGAUUCUGUGAGCGGAGCGACGCGGAGGUUUCAGGUUUUUGGUUUGUCUCUUUCUGAGUUUUUCUCUUUGGCUUUUCUGGGUUUCGGUAAGAAACGACACUAGGGAAUAAAUUAUAUAAAAUAUACUUAGGUGGAUAAUAGAGAAUUAUUUUUAGAAUACAAGUACUGUAAAAUUCAUUGCUACCAAAGACUUAAAAUUAUUAUUUUUUUUUAUAUAAGCAGCUCCUUUCUCCUCAUUUCUUGCGCCACUUGAACCAACUUUUUGUGUGACUGUCACGAUUAUUUUUAAACUUAACGGGCUCUUCUCUACCAAAGACUUAAAAUUAUUUUUUUUAAUAUAAGCAGCUCCUUCUCCUCAUUUCUUGCGCCACUUGAACCAACUUUUUGUGUGACUGUCACGAUUAUUUUUAAACUUAACGGGCUCUUCUCUACCAAAGACUUAAAAUUAUUUUUUUUUUUUAUAUAAGCAGCUCCUUCUCCUCAUUUCUUGCGCCACUUGAACCAACUUUUUGUGUGACUGUCACGAUUAUUUUUAAACUUAACGGGCUCUUCUCUCUUUAUUUCCCUUGAUUUCCACAUAUUUAUUUUUUAGACUGUUCUCUACAUAUUAUUAUUAUUAUUAUUAUUAUUAUUAUUUGUUUUUAAUUAACUGAUUUUCUUGAACUGGAAGGGCCUUCAGUGUAAGCUCAUUUUUAAGACACAAAAUUUCAUCUUGUGUGGAUGGCCUGGCAGGCACCAGGUGAAGAUUGGCAAGAGCUCAGGAUCAGCUGGAUUCCACACUUUGGUUUUCUUGUCAGAUCCAUGGGUUCUGUCAGGGUUUCCUCAUCCAGAGAAUGAAGUCCUUUCAAAAGAAUGAAAGGAAUGACUUGGUAAAGAGAAUAAAAGUGGUGGGAGGAAGCAGCAGGAGGAACUUCUCACCCAGCACGUUCAGGAGACACCACCGAGGUGCUGGACCUUGUUUACACGGGUUUAAGACUGUUCUAGCUGAAAUUGCUGAAUUUAAAAUCCUCUAAGACUGUUCUAGUUGAAAUUGCUGAACUUAAAAUUCAUUAAGAUUGUUCUAGUUGAAAUUGCUGAAUUUAAAAUCCUCUAAGACAGUUCUAGUUGAAAUUGCUGAAUUUAAAAUCCUGUAAGACUGUUCUAGUUGAAAUUGCUGAAUUUAAAUCUUUUAAGACUGUUCUAGCUGAUAUUGCUGAAUUUAAAAUCCUGUAAGACUGUUCUAGCUGAAAUUGCUGAAUUUAAAAUCCUCUAAGACUGUUCUAGUUGAAAUUGCUGAAUUUAAAAUCCUGUAAGACUGUUCUAGUUGAAAUUGCUGAAUUUAAAAUCCUUUAAGACUGUUCUAGUUGAAAUUGCUGAAUUUAAAUCUUUUAAGACUGUUCUAGCUGAUAUUGCUGAAUUUAAAAUCCUGUAAGACUGUUCUAGCUGAAAUUGCUGAAUUUAAAUCCUUUUUGACUGUUCUAGUUGAAAUUGCUGAAUUUAAAUCCUCCUCCAAAUGCUUUUACCUGAAGCAGCAUUAAAG